AUGGCUGAAACAAAGUUGAAGGAUAAAAGAUGGUCGCUGGAAGGUAUGACUGCAUUAGUAACUGGAGGAACCAAAGGCAUUGGGUUCGCAAUUGUGGAAGAGUUAGCAGAAUUUGGAGCAGCGGUGCAUAUAUGUUCACGUAAGGAAGAUGAUAUUAACAAAUGUUUGGAAGAGUGGAAAAGAAAAGGGUUUAAUGUAACAGGAUCAGUAUGUGAUAUACUUAGUCAUGAACAACGGAAGAGAUUAAUGGAAACUGUUUCUUCUAUCUUUCACGGAAAGCUCAAUAUUCUAGUCAUCACCUCAGAUGGAGUCAUUCUACCUGUUUGUGUGCCUAAAUUGGAACCAACUGUUGUGCUAUCUAAUUACACUCAUAAUGAUAUCUAUGCGAAGUUUCUCAACAAUUCAAAGUACACUGGAGUUGGACUUAAUUCUGAGGAUGAUUGGAUGGUUCUUGUUCUUACUACUACUACACCUACUGGAACUUUCUCUGCAGCAACUUCUCUUCAUGCUAAUCUUGUUUUGAUGGCUUUCUUGUUUGUGGUGAUUCUCAUCAUCAACUCCAAACCUUGA